AUGGACCACCCAUAUAUGGAGCAAAAUAAUUUAGAAAAUCAAUCACAACAUCAAAAUAAUCAAGACUCCAAUUUAUCAUAUUCAGUCACAGAUCGAGAUCAUUCGCAUAAUAAUAAUAAUAUUAAUGAAACUUUGCAACCUCAAAAUUCGGAACAUCAUAAUUUUCAACAUAAUUCCGGGAACCAACAACUCCAACAACAACCACAACACCAUCAACAUCAACAGACACCUCAAUUACAUUCUAGUUUACUGAACGUAUAUGGAGUAGAUAUAAGUGGUCGACCUCAAACAUCAAUUCCAUCAAAACAACAACAUUUAAAUUAUCAACCUCAAUCUCAAUAUACUUUACCUAUAUCACAAAAUCAACCUCCAGUUCUACAUCAUCCACAUUUACCUGUACAAAAUUUGAAUUAUAUUCCAAAUUCAUAUCAACAAUUACCAAUAACUCAAAGUCCUUAUGGAUUUCAACAUCAACCACCACCUCAAUCUCAAAAUCAAUCACAACCGUUCAAUUCCACAAAAACAAGGCAUUCAUAUGAUUCAAAAAGUGAAGAAACAACUAAUACCAGUACAACUAAUAAUCCCUUGAGUUAUGUGAAUAAUGAACGAAAUUUAGUGGCACCAAUUCCUCCAUUACAUGUACAACAACAAUUGGUUUCAAAACAGAAUGAUACUUAUAAUCCUCAAUCAACAACAACUCAUUCUACAGAUUCUUAUUCUUAUCAAACUCAACCACCACAAUUAUCAUAUCAACCUAUGGAAGCAAGGCACAAUAAUCACGAAUCAUCAACAACAGGAACCUCAGCUACUAUAAUAAAACACGAAGAUCAUCAACAUCAACCACUAGGCGAGGGCCAACAAAUGGUAAAAUCAACAUGUACUAGGUGUAAAAAAGAAUUUUUUCAACCUGUAAUAAUACCAAAAGCAAAUGAUAAUUCAGGUAGUUCAAAAUCAUUAACAGAACCAAAAAUUUUUAAAUUAUGUCAUCAUUGUAGAGAUUUACAAAGACAAAGAUCAAGAAGAUGGCAAAAGAAAACCAAAAAUAAACAAGGUGUAUGUAGAAGAUGUGGUUCAGAUAUUCCAUUUGAAGAAAGAAAAUUUGUCUUGUGUCCAUCAUGUAGACAAAAUUUAAGAACAAGAAAAGCAAAUAGAGCAGCUCAAGGAAAAUGCGUUCAUUGUUCUGGUCCUUUAGAUACUUCUAUUUUACAUAAAGAUGAAAAUGGGAAUAUUAUAACUGAAAAUAAUGGGUCACCCACUUUAAAUAAUAAUGAUUUAAAUAAUUUUAAUAAUAAUGAUGAUUCAACUUUAAGUCCAAUUCAUGAUAAAAAAAAUAGUAAAAAUUCAACAACAACUUAUAAAGUUUGUCAAAGAUGUAGAGAAAAUGAUAAAAUAAGAAGAACAAAUUUAGAGAAAAUGGGAAAUUGUAAUCGUUGUGCAAAAGCUUUAGAUCCAAGUGAUUAUGGUAAACAUAAAGUUUGUAUUGAUUGUAGAAGUCGGAAAAAAAAAUCUUUAAUUAAACUGGAACCAAAUACUCAAGCUGCUAAUGAAUUAAACUAUACUAAUAUUGAUCAGAGUGGUCAUUUACCAGAAUACAAUCCUAAUUUAAUUGGUCAUAACUAUCAACAACAACCUCCACAACAACAACAACAACCAUAUACAUCAUAUCCUUAUUCUUCAACUUCAACAAAUAUGAUUCCACAAACAAAUACUGUACAAUUAGGUUAUACACAACAACAUACUGUUCCUCAAUUGGCUCCUCAUCAACCAUAUACUAGUUCACAUUUUACUCAUCCUCAACAUCAUCAACAACAGCAAUCUCAACAACCUCAACCACAGCAACAACAGCAACAACCUCAAAACUAUUAUCAUCAUCUACCAACAGGUCAAGAAUUCUACCCACCAGGUAAAUAA